UAAGUUUGGAAAAGAAAAUGGAGUCGAAGAGUUGUAUGAAGCGAACUGAACAAUUGAUAUUAAAGAGAGACAUCAUGUCCAACAUAGAAAUCUGUUCUUCUGCUCAUUCCAGCAUUAGAUUCCCAAAGGGGUUCUCGAAAAAUAAAGGAACUCUAUUUCUCAUAGGAGGGGAUUUAUCAAGCUUUAUUUUUAUGAAGAAGAUGGCUCCAAUUUUGCUCCCUGAUCUAGAUGAAUUUAGAGUCAGCUGAGUUAUCAACGGAAAGGCAAGAAUUGACUCUCUGUUAGCAACAUGUUGACCUAAAUAAGGUCAAUGAUAUGGAGCUCAUCUGCUCUGAUGGCUUGAUGAAGAUUCAGUACUACUUUCCUCAGGUUAUCAGAAUCAGUCCAAAGAUCCAGUGUAAGAUGAUCUUUGAUGGCUUUGAAAUUAAUGAGAAGUGACUUUGAAAGUUCUUUGCUGCUUUUAGGCAUAUAAAUUCUUUAGUGUUCACCAAUAGCAAGCUUAAUGUCCCAAAAAUCCCUGAUUUUUCAUCUGCAUUGAAUAAUACCAAGCUUGAGAGGCUGACUAUUAAUAAAUAAUUGGAGGUUAUCACUUGUAAGUGCCUGGAAAGAUGAGCCUGAUGAAUUGAAAAAUCUAAUUAUAGGGCUAAGCAAAUCCUCAGAUUUUAAGAAAAGUUUCCUCUUGUUUAAUUUAGCCUCUAUAUCAAUAGAAGAACAAUAUAUAAGAAGUAUUCUUGAUGAAAAUGAUUUUAAACACGUUGAACUUUGGAUCUAA